CGGUAUACCGCGAAAGCUGAUAGCCUUGGUCAUGCAAUGCGCUGUGAUACACAUCAAUGAUUCCAAUGAAAUAUCUCUACAAACGUAGAAAGUAAGUGAGUGAGUUUUCAGGCAGCAUCGAUCACGCUCAAACUUAAUUGGUAAAUUCAUCCAUAUCAUCAUAUGUUGUUGACAUUGUCAGAACUGUGUCUAGUGUAGGCCAACUAACUCUUGCGUUAACUCGGACAAUCUGACUCAACACUAAAGUCCGCCUUCGUAGUGGUUGAGACUAUGGAGUAUAUUAAUCGUCUGUCGUUUGACGAUUUCAUCGAGCUUUUCGGCAAUGUGAUUGAGCAUGGAAAGUUAGUAGCUGGUGCGAUAUGGGCGCGGAGACCGUUUUAUGAUGCUGGCAACAUCUGGGAAGCUGUGUGUGAAUUCCUAGACGCAUUGCCGUUGCAAGGUAAAGUGGCAACACUUCGUUUGUACCCGGACCUUGCGGGGAAGCUAGCCAAAUCAAAUCGUCUGAGUGAAGAGUCCCAUCAGGAACACCGUACUGCCGGCUUACUGGCACUCACGGCCGACGAGACGAGACUUCUAACCGCGAUGAACAAGAAGUACCGAGAAAGGUUCCUGUUUCCUUUCAUCAUAUGCGCCAGACAAAACCAGAAGGAUGCGAUCCUGUCAGAAAUGAAGGCUAGGAUGCAGAAUACAAGGGAAAUCGAACUUGAGAAAAGUCUGGAGGAAGUCAAGAAAAUAGCCUGGCAUCGGAUUGUUGAUUUGAUUCGAAAUCAGCCUGAAGUACUGACUUCGAAGUACUGAGUGGGCUAAGUGGUGAAGGAGGCAAAACUUAUACUAACUUUGGGGUUUGUGUCUCUGUUAAUGUCACUCUUUUUAAUUUAUCGCGUGACGAUAUUGGUGUGGAAGAUCUAAAAUGUAUCAUGGGGGUUGUAGGCCCCUAUCUUUUCUUAGUUUUUUUUAAAUUAUUUUUUCCCUAUUAGUAUUAGUAUUAAAUAAAAGGAGCAAAUUCAACGUGCUUGUCUGGUUUUAACCGAGUCCUUUCAAAUACCGGCUAUCGGCCUGGACGCGGAUAAUGGACCGAGCCGAAUGUCAGUGUGUCCGCAAUCAGGCCCCAUAGCCGGUUUAAUUAAAGGUACUUGUUAAUGCCGGCCAAGCACAUAAUUUUAUUUAGUCACUUUCAUAAUUACCUUACGGUCAAAAAAGUCAUGGGGUGCAUUCAUUCAACAGUUUGGCAAUGUCGUUGAGCAUGGAGGAAUGGUUGUCGGCAGCAUUCGACCGUGGGCCCAAAAUCCUAUCUCGCCUAGAAAGUCCGUUCAAAAUUUCUGGUGGUAACAAAAAAAUGCUUGUACUUUGUCAAUUCGAGGGUGCUGAAUUCAGUUCUUUCUGUUGCCAAGCUCUCAGUUGGCACGUUUAAGCACAAUCUUCGUCCGAAUUGUUAUCUCAAAGAAAAAUGGGGGGGGGGGGGGGAGGGGCCUGACAACCGAUGGCGCAAUGCAUCCCCUUAAGGAUCUCAGGAAUAGCCCCUCCGAUUUAAAUGCCGAUUGUCACCCACUUGGAAUAAAUAAUGAUAAAUAACUGUAAACGAUUGUAGGCUCAUAGCUAAAGAGAUUCCACAAUAACGGUAAUAAUGCAUAAACAAUGCUUAGACUGUAUACUUAUGCACCUGCAAUGUUUUUAUUACGUCUACCACCUGGGUUUUUUUAGGCAUGACUGAUUUUAAUCCAUAAGGCACAACAGACAUUUUCCAUGAUGUAAGUGAAUGAAUUACAUGUCAUUAUAAACAGUCUUUGAUGACAAAAAAAAUCAUAGCUAAAGUUUGUUAUUGUUUUGUUAAUUAAAUAGGAAACUAUGCAGCAAAUAACGCUUUAUCAUAUUCAGCGUUGCAUGCUAACACAGUAUUUUUCCAGAAUAUCACUGAAAUUUUCCGUAAUGCUGAAAGAUUACUGAAUUAUGUCGUUUAUCCAAAUUAAACAAAGUGUCUAAAUCUUGAAUAAAUGGAAUAAAUGUGUGCU